UUUUUUACAUGAUUUUUUUUUUGUUCUGCAGCAAAUCAAAAGUUUUUUUAGUAUAAGUAAAUUUUUAUUAAAAAUUUUUGAAAUUAUUCUUUUAUCUCCCGAAUGCCUUUAGGAAAGUUUGGUAAAAUUGCAAUAGGUUGGUCAGUAAUUACCUUUGCUGGGAUAUAUGCUUUUGUACUAUCGAAGAAUUCUAUAGAACAGCGGCGUAUUGAGAGUAUGAAAGUUAGAGAUCGUAUGAGAAAAUCAAACUACGGAGAUUACGAACAAAGUGAAAGAAAGUUUUAAAUAAAGUACAAUAUAUAAAAUUUAAUUUUAAAUUGAAAUGGCGCAACAAAUUAGUUUGGCCGACCAGGCAAAAUUGCAAGAAAUGGAGAUUGAAAUGAUGGCUGAUCUAUACAGUAGAAUGACAAAUGCAUGUCACAAGAAAUGUAUACCACCAAAAUAUAAUGAAGCAGAAUUAGG